CUCCGGCGUGAUGCAUCAUCACAUGAAUAGGAAAGUAGAGAACAAUGUGGGUAUCACGUUAUAAUACAGUCUAAUUAUACACUGUAUGAACAGUUGAGGUCUCCUUAGUUAAUACGGUGGAUUCAUGCAAGUGUCCUGUUUAUUGUAUUAUUUACGCCGUUUGCAGAACGUGCACUGUGAUAGAGAGUGCGCUACGCAGUUGCUGUAGCAGCUAAAUAGGUGUGUCACACCCAUACAAUUAUCGGGUUGGUUGCUAUCAACGGACAGCGCAAGUAACUUUACUGUACCAGUAGACAUAUUAUUGUCGGUAAAGUCUAUCCCGUCUCUGACAGUUAAAAGCGUCCACUUAAAGUUAAGCUCCAAACUGUAGCAGCUAAGCAUCCUCUGAGACGCAUAGUGCUAUGGCGCUGACAGACACCGACUCAGGUAACGUCAAUGGAGAGGACGGAGGUGGGGAAGCCGAUGUGAUUGCAAAGGCUUGUGUUCUUGAUGGAUUCACCAACAGUGCCGAGGUGAAGUCUCUGAUUGCCAGUUUACCCGAAGUCCACGAAGAUACAGGCAGAACUGAAUCUGCAAUGGAGAGAUUCAUAUUCAUAAUGGAUAACUACCAAGAGCAACCUCAUCUUCUGGAUCCGCACUUGGAAUGGAUGGUGAACAUGUUGCUGGAACUUAUCCGCAGUGAAAAGUCCCCACCCCUGCUUGUGCACCUUGGAUUUAAAUUUCUUUACAUCAUCUGCAAGGUCAGAGGCUACAAGAUCUUUAUGCAGCUCCUCCCUCAUGAAGUGGCUGACGUUCAGCCCGUGUUGGAUCUGCUAUGUAGACAAGACCCCAAAGACACAGAGACGUGGGAGACCCGCUACAUGCUCCUCCUCUGGCUCUCCAUGACCUGUCUCAUUCCCUUUGACCUCUCUCGUCUGGACGGUCAUCUGAACUCUGACUCUGAUUCUGCUCAGGGCAGAGAGCCCAUUAUGGACCGCAUCCUUGCUGUUGCCAAGUCUUAUCUAGCAGUCAGUGACAAAUCCAGAGAUGCUGCAUCAGUGCUUGUGUCAAAGUUUGUGACACGCCCUGACGUGAAGCAGAAGAGGUUGGGAGAUUUCCUAGACUGGACCCUCACAACCAUUUCCCAGGCCAAUGACCUUACUAUGGAGGGCACCAUCAUCCUGGAUGGUGCUUUACAGAAUCUGUGCCAGUUAUUCAAGCAUGGCAAGAGAGAUGACUUCCUCCAGUAUGCCCCCACAGUCCUUCAGUGCCUGGACCGGCAGCGGCUGCCUGAGAGCAACCAGGCCAUGCUGAGGAAGCUGGGGAUGAAGCUAGUGCAGAGGCUGGGCCUCACCUUCCUCAAGCCCCGCCUAGCCAAGUGGAGGUAUCAAAGAGGCAGUAGGUCCUUAGCUGUCAAUCUGGCCCAAUCUGGCUCCUCCCAACCGAUGGUGACCUCCACCCCUGAUCUGGACUCACAGGAUGAGGACUACGACAUUCCCGAAGAGGUGGAGAACGUCAUCGAGCAACUCCUUGUUGGGCUGAAGGACAAGGAAACCAUAGUUCGUUGGUCUGCUGCCAAGGGUAUCGGGAAAGUCACGGGCAGACUGCCAAAAGAGUUGGCUGAUGAAGUUGUUGGGUCCGUGCUGGACUGCUUCAGCUUCCAGGAGACGGAUAACGCAUGGCAUGGGGGCUGUCUCGCCCUGGCAGAACUGGGCAGAAGAGGGCUUCUGGUGCCCUCCCGUCUACCCAAUGUGGUCCCACUGGUCUUAAAGGCUCUGACGUUUGACGAGAAGAGAGGAGCCUGUAGCGUGGGCUCCAAUGUACGCGACGCGGCCUGCUACGUGUGCUGGGCCUUUGCCCGGGCCUACGAACCCACUGAACUCAAGCCUUUCGUCAACCAGAUCGCCAGUGCCCUCGUGAUCACCGCGUUGUUUGAUCGGAACGUGAAUUGCCGGAAGGCGGCUUCAGCUGCUUUUCAGGAAAAUGUGGGCAGACAGGGCACGUUCCCUCAUGGCAUAGACAUCCUUACGGCCGCAGACUACUUCGCCGUGGGGAACCUAAACAACUGCUAUCUGUCCAUCAGUGUCUAUAUCGCAGGAUUCUCUGAGUACACCAAACCCAUGAUUGACCACUUGGUGGCUAUGAAGGUUAAUCACUGGGACGGGGCAAUCAGAGAGCUGGCCACCAAAGCACUCCACAACCUCACCCCCAAAGCACCAGAGUACAUGGCAGACUCAGUGCUGCCACAGAUGUUGCCCAUGGCAACAGGGAUGGACAUGCAUGGUCGCCAUGGUGCCAUCCUGGCGUGCGCUGAAAUCACUCAUGCUCUCUACAAGCUCAGUUCCCAGAGCAACAGGCCGGUGACGGAGUUACUCUCCCCGGACACAGUGGAGGGCCUGAGAAGCAUUCACCAGAAGCUUGCAGACAGGAAGCAGUACAGGGGCUUUGGUGGGGAACUCAUGAGGCCAGCAGUAUGUGUCCUGAUUGAGAAGAUGUCUGUCUCCAAGAUGCCUUUUACAGGAGAUCCCGUCAUUACGGGGUGGCAGUGGCUGAUCGACGACAGCCUGAAGAGCCUGCAUCUGUUCUCCAGCGGAGCCAAGCAGGGCAUCAAGGAAGCUGCUGUUUCAGCCCUGGCCUGCCUUUGCAAUGAGUACUAUCAGCUGGAGCCUGGGGUGGCUGACACACAGAUGCAAGAGGUCCUAGUGAGCCAGUACAUAGAGGCCCUGAAGAAUGCGGAGGUUCUGACCCGAUGUGGCUGUGCACUGGCCCUGGGCUCUCUGCCCCGGUUCAUCCUCCGCACCAAACUCCAGCAGGUUCUUGAGGGUCUCCAGGAGGCCUGUGUCGUCUCCCAGAAGGACGUGGGCUUCACUGAGGCCAGGAGGGACGCAGCCACAGCCUUGGCACAGGUGUGUGUGGCGGUGGGUGUGGACGCGGAGGGCUCUGCUGCCAGUGUGCUGUGUGCUGCUAACGUGCGGCAGCUCUACUCCACGCUGCUCAGCUGCAUGGCCGACUACAGCACGGACAGCCGAGGAGACGUGGGCUCAUGGGUGCGAGCCGCAGCCAUGAGCAGCCUGAUGGAGGUGACGCUGCUAGUAGCCAGCUCCGCUCCUGACCUCCUCUCCCCUGACAUUGUCCAGCGUAUGAUGUGCUGUGUGGCCCAGCAGGCGGCGGAGAAGAUUGACCGGUACCGUGCGCACGCCGGCUCCGUGUUCCUGCGCCUCCUCCACAGCCAGGAGCCUGCAGUGCCCCACAUCCCCCACCAGGAGGAGCUGCGGAGCAUCUUCCCCGCGGCGGAGGCCAGCUACCUGAACUGGAAUGCGGCGUCCCAGGCUUUCCCCCACAUCACCAGGCUGCUGCGGCUGCAGGCCUACCAGUACCACACACUCCUGGGACUCACUGUGUCUGUGGGGGGCCUGACCGAGUCCACGGUGCGGUUCUCCUCUCAGUCCCUGUUUGACCACCUGCGGGGGAUCCAGCAGGAUGCUGCCGCCCUGGGCCAGUUCGGAGACACACUCCUGCGCAUCUUCAAAGAUCACCAACGCAAUGACCGGGUCUCUGUGCCUUUACUGAAGAUGCUGGACCAGAUGUUGGCUAAUGGCUGUUUCGAGCUCUUCACCAGCGAGGACAACCAUCCGUUCUGUUUGGCCCUGCUGGCUCUCUGUAAGGAGGAGAUCAAAAGGUCAAAAGACGUCCAGAAACUGCGUCCCUGCAUAGCCGUGUACUGUGGCAUGAUCCAGUUCCAAGGCAGUGUGAGGAAGAGUGUCCUACUGCAGCUGCUGAUGCUGCUGUGCCACCCCUUCCCUGUGAUCAGGAAGACCACUGCCGGCCAGGUGUACGAGAUGCUCCUCACCUACGACGAUGCGGUGGACCCUGAAGUCCUGGACGAUGUGAUGACCUUGCUUAGUGACACUAACUGGGAGAGUAAUCUAGAAACAGUGCGCGGCCACAGAAAUCAGCUCUGUGACUGGCUCAGUGUACCCAGACCCACACCAGUGGCAAAGGGUCCUGCGCAGUAGAUCGGCGUUUCCGUCAGUGCGGUGGACUGCGGGUGUGGUGCGUUCCACACACUGCAUCGCAUUGUUGUCGAGCAUUGUUGUCUGUCUCUCUGCUUGUCUGCCUGUCUAGUGGUGAGCUGUCCAUCAUCGCAUCAGAAUGUGUGAAUGUGGGCUGUCCCCAUGCCAUGUUUACAAAUAAAUCCAGAAAGAA